GUACACCUUGUGUUAAAGGUGGCUUCUCGAUCUGCCGCCGUCGCUGUAGUUAUGGCCUCCGAUUUAUUUUGUUUCCGGGUGGGAGACGGUCUGGACUGACGAAGCGAAGCGCCUGUCUUGACCGAGGGACGUAACGCAAUUACUGCAGAGAGUAUUUGAAGAUGUCCCUGAAAUAUGUGUCCCUGUCCGCCGGUGAUCAAGGGAACAGAGUGGCCUACCGCUCUUUUCACGGCAACCGCAGCCCGUCGGCCGUAGCGUUGGCGAUGGUCUCUGGAGACAGCUCUCUCGUGGCCAGACCUGAGGUGAUUCACCCAGGACCCACUCCUCGGCAGGCGAUGCGACCAAGCGUUCGUACCGAGAGCCAUUGGGUAACUGGUGGCGGCCGGGGUCUUACCCGCCUUAUAAGGGGAAGGGACUCUGAUGGCGGGAGCCGAGGCUACCAAGCCAGAUUCUCACCUUACCCGACACCUGGGGUUAAACAAGAUCUCUUAAGACGUGUACUGCAACAACGUCUGAUUGCGUUUGGAGGUUUCAUCGCAGCCCGAAUUUUGGCUUAAAAUGAAUAACUUUUCCGCCCCUCAAUUAGCUCGUUAACAAGGUCUCUCCAAAAUGCAAUGUUGGUGCAACCGCUGUUUUAUUUUUAGAGGGAUGUAUUUUAAGUGUGAUAAACAACGGCGUAGGGGUUCUGUUAAUAUAGCCUAGCACAGAGAAAAAUUGUACUAUUUCUUAAAUUCACAUGGUUUAUGCAGCCAAAAUAAUUAGUUCAGAAAGAGGCAGAAAAGAUUUAUUUUCUUAAGUACUUAGAAAGUCAAAAGCUGAGCUAAUCAAGCCACCCUUCCCUGAGGCCAGUAAUCCUUUUAUUCACCCUUUGUUCUUUCCAUUCCGACAACCGAUUCAAACUUCCUU